CCCUGACUAUUCGAGGAAGGCAUGACAGGUUGUAAACAUGGCGUCCGCCUUGGAAGAUGAUGAGAUUGACAAUGAUGAUUAUUAUUCGCUGCUAAACGUCAGGAGAGAGGCAACACAGGAUGAGCUGAAGGCAGCAUACAGAAGGCUAUGUAUGAUUUACCACCCAGACAAGCACCGGGACCCUGACCUGAAACUACAAGCCGAACAGCUCUUUAACCUUGUACACCAAGCUUAUGAAGUACUCAGCGACCCUCAGGCGCGGGCAAUAUACGAUAUCUAUGGAAAGAGAGGACUGGAUGUGGAAGGAUGGGAGGUUGUGGAGAGGAAAAGAACACCUGUAGAGAUCCGCGAGGAGUACGAGCGCCUUCACAAAGAGCGAGAGGAGAGGAGGCUUCAACAAAGGACUAAUCCAAAGGGAUUGAUCAGUGUAGGCAUCGAUGCGACAGACCUCUUUGACCGAUACGAUGAAGACUAUGAGGAUGUGGUCAGCGGAAGUUACCCGCAAGUGGAGAUCAACAAAAUGCACAUAUCACAAUCUAUAGAGGCACCUCUUACAACAACAGACACUGCUAUUUUGUCUGGCUCCUUGUCAACACAAAAUGGAACUGGAGGGGGUAACAUUAACUUGGCCUUGAGAAGAGUCACUUCAGCCAAGGGCUGGGGAGAGCUGGAAUUUGGCGCUGGAGACACCCAUGGACCUCUCCUUGGGAUGAAACUCUUUAGAAACCUGACACCACGAUGCUUCGCGACCGCUCAGUGUGGCCUUCAGUUCUCGUCCCGGGGCGUGCGACCCGGGGCGACCACUGUUCUGGCCCGUCAUCUGGACAAGAACACCAUGGGUUACCUACAGUGGCGCUGGGGAACCCAGUCCUCCAUGAACACCAGCAUUGUCAGAGACACCAAAACCAGCCAUUUCACCUUCGCCUUGCAGCUUGGCAUCCCUCACUGCUUUGUGAUGACGAGCUAUCAGUACAAAUUCCAGGAUGAAGACCAGACCAAAAUAAAAGGCUCCAUAAAAUCGGGCUUCUUCGGGACUAUGGUGGAGUACGGUGCGGAGAGGAAGAUCAGCCGACACAGCGUCCUGGGGGCCACGGUCAGCGUUGGAGUCCCCCACGGUGUCUCCCUCAAGAUCAAGCUGAACAGAGCCAGUCAGACCUAUUUCUUCCCCAUCCACCUGACCGAUCAGCUCCUGCCCAGCGCAGUGUUUUAUGCUACCGUCGGACCACUCGUCUUCUACCUCGCCAUUCAGCGGCUGGUGAUCAGACCCUACCUGCAUUCUCAGAAGGAACAGGACUUGGAGAAGCAGCGGGAGAGCUCUGCGACUGACAUCGCCAGGAAGAGACAAGAAGCAGAGUCUUCUGUCUUGCUGAUGCAGGAGUCUGUGCGCAGGAUUAUUGAAGCUGAGGAGUCCAGAAUGGGUCUAAUCAUUCUCAACGCAUGGUAUGGCAAGUUUGUCACGGACAACAGUAAGAAACACGAAAGGGCCAAGGUCAUCGAUGUGACCGUACCUCUUCAGUGCCUGGUGAAAGACUCAAAGCUCAUCCUCACUGAGGCCACAAAGUCAGGGCUGCCCGGCUUCUACGACGCCUGCGUGGGGGAGGAGAAGUGCCUGAAGGUGCUCUACCAGUUCCGGGGGGUCAUGCAUCAGGUCCUGUCAGGGGACACUGAACCACUCAGGAUACCAAAGCAAUCUCACAGGAUCGACAAUGACACAUGAGACCUCAAAUAUACAAGAGACAUCGUUCAACCAGACAACUUUUUUCUGGUUCUUCUUUUUUCUUUUUUUAAGAUACAACAUGGAUUGAACUUCUUAAGAGUUUGUGCGUUUUUCCUUUUUGUUCAACUGGUCUUCGAAAUAUACAGAGAGAAGUCAGCCAGCCUUGAGUGUAACUCCACAGACAGGAGUUGUGGCCUGCUGGAAAUACGAAGGCGACACCAAAAUCAAUAAGCUUCUCGGUACUUGUGUAUUUCUGGUAGGGCUCGUGAUGUACAGUCAGGUUGCAUUGUACUGUACUGUAAACAACACUGCAGUGCCUAUGUGAUUGAAGACAUGAAUUAAAAUUGGUAUAUUGCCAUAAUAUUAAAAAGUGAAUCUCAUGUUGUCUUGGUUACUCAAGUCAUUCUGGCCUCUUCAUGUGUGCUAUUCAAUCUGCCAUGAUGAGAAGGGGUUGGAUUACAACAAUGCCUUAACCACCAUUCACUGUAUGAAUCUAUAAGUCUGAUCUUAAAGUACUUUAAAGGUCUGACAAGGUGUUCUGGAAAAGCAGUAAUGUGCCCUGUAAUGAAUAUUAUAUUUCUAUAUUGGCUUCCCCUCCUGGAAAACCUGAAAAGUAAAUGUUUUAAAAUACACCAGCCCAUGUUUCAGGUUAAAGUGUUGUGUUAUCCAAUAAAAAUACAAAAAAAUGACGCAUUUCAUUUAGUGCUUGUAUAAGAACGUACUCAAAUAAUAUAAUGAUCAAAAUAUAUAUCAUGUGUCCCUGUACAUGCUGUUUCUAAUUGGGUCUCAAAACCUUUUUUGUUUUUGAGAAAAUACAUGUUGGUGUAAUUAAACUGCUAUUAAUGGG